GUAGACGGGUGUACGUAGGCUACCAAUUAUGCAUACGUAGUUCAUCUAUACGCGUGUAUACUAAAGAAAAUCUUGGGAACCUUACUUUCUCUGAAGCGUUUCUUUCAAGGAUAAAGGCCAGGAAUAGUGAUCGCCAUGGCUUCCUCGAACACUAAUUUGCUAGAUUCUGUUGUUUCUGAAGAAGUUGAAUGCGCCAUAUGCCUCAAUAAGUUGGAUACACCUCGUAUAUUGACAUGUCUGCAUAGCUUCUGUGAGAAGUGCUUGGAGAAGUGCGUCCAGAACCGAAAAGAUGACUCGUCCCAGUCAGGUAACAGCACCUUGAAGUGCGCACUCUGCAAUGAAUAUACUGCCCUAAACGAUGCUGGUGUCCGUGGACUGAGACUCGACUUCAGAGCUACGCGUUUGGUGGAAGCUCUUCAGGAAAAGGAGACCCAGCAACUCAAACUUGCCAGUUCAGCCCAUCGCUGCGAGACUUGUGGAUGUACCGAUUCUGGAGAAACUGCCUCGAAGGAAAAGCCGCCUUUCACCUACUGCAGAGAAUGCUGCCAGGUCCUCUGUCAGCGCUGCUCUGCGGUUCAUGCUGGUUUACGAAUGACCCGAACGCACACCGUCGCUAACAUAUCUGACUUGCUAAACGGGAAAGUAACCAUCCAGACCAAAGACCACUCAAUGCUAUGUCCAAAACACGCCGACGAGAAACUGAAGAUUUUCUGCGUGACUUGUCUUGAACCCGUUUGUCAUGACUGUACCCUGAUUGAUCAUAACCGAGAGCAGGGCCAUCAGCUCCAAUUCUUGAAGGACUUUGUCCCUAUCAUCCGUGAAGAGCUAAGCUCACGUCAAGAAGAGGUGUCCGAGAAAUCCGAAGAGUUCUCAGAGUUUCUUCACUUGGUUGACGAACUCGAAAACCAUGCUAUGGACAAAACUAAGAAAACAAGCAAGAGCAUACAAAAUGCUAUUGUCGAAUACAUUAGCAGGGUAGAACAGGUGCGUUUACCAAUGGAGAAAGUGGCCUGUGAUUAUCUUGGUGAAAAAAUUAAGCAGCUGAAUCAACUGAGGAAGAAAACUCAGCAUAUCAAAUCACUGGCGGAGAAGAGCUUGUUGUUGACGCAACAAAUGAUGGAGAAUGAGCAGGAUCUCAUCGGCUUGGCCUCUAUGUACAAAAGUCUUAGAGAGGCCAUGGACAGAGCCAUUGCUGAAAAACCUGAUGAGCAGGAGCUGGAACAUAUAAGGGAAUCUAUUGAUCACUUGCACUAUCACGUGACACAUCUCGAUGCGAAAGUUGGAAACGUUGCGGUAGGGUGUAGAUGUACAGAGCGCAGUACUUCGAGCGUUGCUUGCAAUAAUGGUCCCAAAGAUGUACAGUUUACACGGGACGGAAGAAUAUCAGCCAUUGUCCAAGUCGAAUGCAUCGGAGAAGGACAAGGCACUGUUUAUGUAAAGUACGGUACUGAAACGCUCUACACAUACGGUGGAUACUUCAACAAUGUUCAAAGAUAUAAACAAAAGGCGGUGACAAAUCUUACAAUGUUUGCUGCAAUCAAGCAGACAUCCACAAGCUUCCCAAACUGUACCUCGUUCAGUUGGACCCGCUGGCUUCCAACCUUGCAGUAUGGCCGCAUCGGGUGCUUUACUUCUCUAUCAGAUCAUCGCUUCAUCAUCGCCACCACUGAUGCAAAGUUGUACAUCCUUGGGGAUACUCUAGGAGAAUUUUCUCACGGUUUACCCGAUACACGAAGUAUAUCAGCUUUGGCAACAGAUAACGAAGACAACAUCUACAUCACUGAUAGAGACAACCACAAGAUCUACAUCCUACGAUCCGAUGGCAACCUGAAGGAUACACUGAACGUUGGGGAUAUCUCACCGACUUGCAUCGCUGUCCCUCACUUGGGACCAGAUGUCAUUGCAGUCACGCACGAACCAGCCACGGUAUCAAUUCUAGACCUCAAUGGGAAUACGCUAUGCUCCAUCCACAACGAGGAAUGGAAGAAGGUGGCCAUCGGAUGUGAUGCUGAUCGGUUGCUCUACAUCCUCUGGUCCGACCAGAAUCACGAGAAGACGCUUCAGAGGUAUACCUUCCAGGGGGUGCAGGUGGAUACUCUGUUUGAGAAGGAAUCGCACAGCUACAACGAUCUUGUUUUAGCAGUGUCACCAACAGGAGCUUCUGCAGCUGCUGUUGUGACCACGACUGGUGCUGAUGGGAAAGUAGUGACUAUGGCGCCAGGAGAAAAGCCAUCGCCUAAAACGCUUCCAUAG